CCAUCAGAUUGCAGGAUGAUCGCUGCUCAGCUGCUGGCUUAUUAUUUCACCGAAUUAAAAGAUGACCAGGUCAAAAAGAUUGAUAAAUAUCUAUAUGCCAUGCGGCUGUCGGAUGAAACUUUGCUGGAUAUUAUGGGUCGCUUCAGGAAUGAAAUGAAGAAUGGCCUCUCUAGGGAUUUUAACGCAACAGCCAGUGUAAAGAUGCUGCCUACCUUUGUAAGGUCUAUUCCUGAUGGCUCAGAGAAAGGAGAUUUCAUUGCUCUGGAUCUUGGUGGCUCUUUCUUCCGAAUUUUGAGAGUAAAAGUCUCACACGAGAAAAAGCAGAUGGUGCAAAUGGAAACUGAGAUUUACGAAACGCCAGAAGAUAUUACGCACGGCAGUGGCACACGGCUUUUUGAUCAUGUUGCUGAAUGUCUGGGAGACUUCAUGGAGAAACAAGAAAUUAAGGACAAGAAAUUACCUGUUGGGUUCACAUUUUCAUUCCCAUGUAGGCAAUCUAAACUAGAUGAGGGUGUUCUGAUUACCUGGACAAAACGUUUCAAAGCAAGUGGUGUCGAAGGAGCUGACGUAGUGAAUCUCUUAAACAAAGCCAUCAAGAAACGUGGGGAUUAUGAUGCGGACAUCAUGGCAGUGGUUAAUGACACUGUUGGGACAAUGAUGACCUGUGGAUUUGAUGACCAGCGUUGCGAAGUUGGCUUAAUUAUCGGGACUGGUACAAAUGCCUGCUAUAUGGAGGAAAUGAGGCACAUUGAUCUGGUGGAAGGUGAUGAAGGCCGCAUGUGCAUCAACACCGAAUGGGGUGCAUUUGGAGAUGAUGGCUUAUUAGAAGACAUCCGGACUGAAUUUGACAGAGAGAUUGAUCGGGGUUCCCUUAAUCCUGGGAAGCAACUAUUUGAAAAGAUGGUCAGUGGAAUGUACAUGGGUGAACUUGUCAGGCUUAUCCUUGUAAAAAUGGCCAAAGAAGGUCUCCUUUUUGAGGGGCGAAUCACUCCUGAACUUUUGACCAAAGGGAAAUUGGAAACUAAGGAUGUUUCUGCCAUAGAGAAGAGCAAGGAAGGUUUGCAUAAAGCCAAAGACAUACUAACACGUCUUGGGGUUGAGCCUUCCCAUGAAGACUGCAUCGCUGUCCAGCACGUGUGCACCAUUGUGUCGUUCCGCUCUGCAAACUUGGUGGCAAGUACUCUGGGUGCUAUCCUGAGUCAGCUGCGAGACAAUAAAGGAGUUGGCCGGCUGCGCACCACGGUGGGGGUGGACGGAUCCCUUUACAAGAUGCAUCCGCAAUAUGCCAGGCGCCUGCACAAAAUGGUGCGACGCUUAGUGCCUGAUUCCGAUGUGCGUUUCUUGCUCUCUGAGAGUGGCAGCGGAAAGGGGGCGGCCUUCGUGACCGCAGUAGCUUAUCGGCUGGCAGAGCAGCACCGGUUGAUUGCAGAGACCCUGGCAGAAUUCAAGCUCACCAACGAACAGCUGCUUCAGGUGAAGAAGCGGAUGAGGAUCGAGAUGGAGGCCGGCCUCAAGAAGAAGUCACACGACCAUGCCAAGGUCAAGAUGCUGCCCACCUUUGUCCGCAGCACCCCUGAUGGGACAGAGAAUGGAGACUUCCUGGCUCUGGAUCUUGGUGGGACAAAUUUCCGUGUUUUGCUGGUGAAGAUCCGAAGUGGCAAAAGAAGGAUGGUAGAAAUGCACAAUAAAAUAUAUUCAAUCCCUGUAGAAGUUAUGCAGGGGACUGGAGAUGAGCUGUUCGAUCACAUUGUCACCUGCAUUUCGGACUUCCUGGAUUACAUGGGAAUAAAAGGAGCUUGCCUCCCUCUGGGCUUUACGUUUUCUUUCCCCUGCAAACAGACCAGCCUAGAUUGUGGUAUCCUUUUGAAUUGGACCAAGGGCUUUAAGGCUACUGACUGUGAAGGAGAGGAUGUUGUUAAUUUACUAAGAGAUGGAAUUAAAAGAAGAGAGGAAUUUGAACUGGAUGUUGUGGCUGUAGUGAAUGAUACAGUUGGAACUAUGAUGACUUGUGCCUAUGAAGAUCCGAAUUGUGAAAUAGGACUCAUUGUGGGAACUGGGAGCAAUGCCUGCUACAUGGAGGAAGCCAGAAAUGUUGAAAUGGUGGAGGGAGACCAGGGCAGGAUGUGUGUGAACAUGGAAUGGGGUGCCUUUGGGGACAGCGGAUGCCUAGAUGAUAUCAGGACAAUCUAUGACAAAGCUGUGGAUGAAUAUUCACUAAAUAGUGGCAAGCAAAGGUAUGAGAAGAUGAUCAGUGGAAUGUAUUUAGGGGAAAUUGUCCGUAACAUUUUGAUUGACUUCACAAAAAGAGGAUUCCUCUUCAGAGGUCAAAUUUCAGAAACACUGAAAACUAGGGGCAUUUUUGAAACCAAGUUUCUUUCACAGAUUGAGAGCGAUAGGUUAGCGUUGCUUCAGGUCCGUACCAUCCUCCAGCAGCUUGGCCUGAAUAGCACUUGCGAUGACAGUAUAAUUGUGAAGGCAGUAUGCGGAGCUGUGUCGCGGAGAGCAGCUCAGCUGUGUGGCGCUGGAAUGGCUGCUGUUGUAGAUAAAAUAAGGGAGAACAGAGGCUUGGAGCAUCUGGACGUAACCGUGGGCGUAGAUGGCACACUAUACAAACUUCAUCCACACUUUUCAAAGUUCAUGCACAAAACAGUAAAGGAUCUGGCACCCAAAUGCAACGUGACAUUCCUGCUUUCGGAAGACGGCAGCGGCAAAGGAGCCGCCCUCAUCACUGCGGUGGGAUGCCGAUUGCGCGAUGCAGAGCACAACUGACCUCUGAUCCCUGGGCUGCUUAUGACUUCCAAGCACUUUCUUGACAAGCAGCAGUUCUGUAGUCUGAACUGGCGGGGAGAGCCCAGAAUUCACUGCUUGGUGGAAGAGUUGGGGUUUAAGGAAAAAAAAAGUAAAAUAAAAAAAUAGAAUGCUGAUUAAGUAUGCUGUUGCUGAUAAUAUCUUCCACUUGGGGUCCUUUUGUCUGCAUGUGUCUUUUUCUGGCCUAUUUAGUACAUUCCCCAUCUGUAGAUCAUGAAAAAAAAUUGGAUAAUUUAAACAAAUGUCAGGAAUUAAUUUAUGAUUUGAGGUUCUAAAAUUACAGCCAAAAAUUGACAUGAGCAAGAGCAGGUGGUGGUACCAUGUCAAGUAUAUAUUAUUUGAGGCUGCUACUGUGUCCACAUUAAACCAGUAUACCACCAACAGUGCUGAAUAUGAAACAAAUGCUUAUGCAAAAUGAAUGUAGCAAUUCCCACCUGAACUUUUCACCCAAUAUUGUUUUAUUCCCUCCUCACCCAUCUUGGAGUUUCCACAGCAGUCUGGUAGCAUCUGAAUUUUCUGGUCUUAGACUUCCCUUAAUGAUGUGAAUUUUCUUCUGUUUGCACUGAACCAAGGGAUGCACAGAUCAAUUAAUCAAUCAACCAGUACCUCUCCUCACUUGUCAAUUAUCACUGCUAUUUCUUUUAGCUUUGGUAAUCAAUGUCAAAAUUCCAAGUAAAGCACGAACCAUUUCAAAAGGCAAGUCUUUAUUAAUAAAAUCAAAGGUGAUCCAGAUCUCUAGUUCUAAGAAAUGCUUUUUGCCUUUAUAUUAGCUUUGCUAUUUUCCAGGUUUCUCCCUC